GUGACCCUAUUAUACCCAUCCCCAGAAUGUGUGGAGAUGAAUCCAGAAGAACUAUGGGAGAAGUUUGUCAAAAUCAUAAAUGACGCUAUAGCUAACUUUGCGAUUUAUCAGCUCCAUACUCUACAAGAUACUAAGAAACAAGAGAUAUCUAGCUGCAAGUGUAAUGAAAUUCAUGAAUAUCCAGGUAAACAUGAGGCUGAAAUGGGUUCUAGAAAAUGAAGAGAGGGUGAGGAAGCUAGCACAUGAAGGACAUGUUAUGUUUGGAACCAUUGACACAUGGCUCAUCUACAAAUUGACUGAAGGAAAGAUACAUGCUACCGAUUACUCCAAUGCCAGUGGAACAGCCUUAUAUGAUCCAUUCAUUGAGGAUUGGAACAUAUUCUUCUUAAAUCUACUGAAAAUGCCAAGGAGCAUUUUCCCAGAGCUACGUAAUUCUGUUGGAGACUGGGGAGUGUGUUCACCUAAGUUCUUUGGUGUUCCAAUCCCUAUCACAGCAGUGGUAUCAGACCAAGGUGCUUCCCUGUUUGGUUCAUGUGGGUUCCAGCGAGGUGAUGUGAAGGUGUCACUGGGAACUGGAGCCUUCCUUAACAUCAACACUGGCAACAAGGCUCAUGCUUCUGUCAAAGGGAUAUAUCCUGUACAUGGGUGGAAAGAUGAGGAAGGAUUGAUACACAUGGCUGAAGCCUCAUCAAAUGAUAACGGCACUGUAAUUGAAUGGGGACAGCUAAUAGGCUUGUAUGAAAAAGCUUCACAGACAUCAGAAAUUGCAAGCUCAGUGAAUGGCCCAAGUACUGUGUUUUUCAUUCCUGCUUUCCAGGGGAUUCAGGCACCCUUGAAUGAUGCAACAGCUACAGGUGGCUUCCUUGGGCUUAGCGCACACACCAGUCGUGCACACAUGGUACGGGCCAUGCUGGAGUCUCUAGCAUUCCGCAUAUACCAGAUGUACAGCGCCAUGCUCAAUGAAGCAGACUACGAGCUUCUUAGUCUCAGUAAAGAUUUACCCCUCAGGGUGGAUGGGGGUGUUGCACAGAAUGACUUCUUGAUGCAGAUGAUCUCGACCCUGACAGGGAAGAGGCUAGAGAGACCAAAGUCCAUAGAUGUUUCAGCUCUAGGUUGUGCUUUUCUGGCUGGUAUGGGUGCAGGCAUAUGGAAGUCCCGUGCAGAGUUGAUUCCUCUGCGACAGAUAGAUCGUGUCUUCCACCCAAAAUUGGAUCUUCAGCCCCAACUCUUAGAGCAAAUGAAGGAAUGGGAGAAAGCCUUACAGCGAUUUACUAAAUGGCAUACAAAGAGCAGUUUAAACAAGGGGAAGUCCUAGGAAUCUUAUAAGAGUCUUCAUCAUGCUUCAAAUAAUACUUGCAAUAAUUGUCAACAUCCAAAAUAUUCCUCAUCCUUAACAGAAGAAGCUAAAUCCAAGUGCAAUUCAGAUAAGCCUAAAGUUUUUGCUUUGAUUGAUGAGAGUAGUUUGUCCAGUGACUGCAAGGUAUGUGUUUCGUGUGGGGUAGAACUCAGGGAUGAACCACGCCAAACAAGAUGCAGAAGUGCUUCAGAAUUCAAGAUAAGUACUUCAAGCUGUAAGAAUAUUGGAAACACAAUCCCCCUCUUGCUUGGUGCUGUGAUUUUCCUUUUCUUAAGCUUUGCUCUCACUUACAUAUUUGGUUUGUUUGAUUAUUAAGCCUUGUAAUUUAGAGAGAAUGAAAUACAGUAUACAGUAGCAGUUAUUUGUUGGUUGUAGAAUGUACUGUACAGUACUAUAUCAUAUGUUGAAAAAAAUAUUUUUUUAAUUUUAUUAUGUGUGGACUUCCUUUCUUCCCAAGUGCUUGCUCUUAAUACAACACUCUUGUGUGACAUGUAGAUCUAAUCAUAUAGGCUAUGUGUUGGAUUAGUAGUUCCUAGGAAGGCUCAAAGAAUAUUGUAGUGGAAUUUUAACUAAUUAAUGCACAGACAACAUAUACACCUCAACUGCACGAUUGCAAAUUGCCCCCAAUUGUAAGCCACAGCCCACUGGGUUAGUUUUGGACAUUUCUUGUGCAAAAAAGAUUUGACCUCAAUUUUAAGCUGCACCCCAGUAUUUCUGUGAGUAUACAAUAAAUGUUUUUUCCUUCCAGUACAUGUACUACACCAAUUCCCCCAUUAAUGUCGGUAUUGUAGGUUCUUGAAAACCACAGCUUUAAGUGAAAACGAUUUUGCCAUAAACACAAAGAUAUAAAUAGGGGUUAGUCCCUUGGGUACAUUUCUGGUUCAAAUUUUCUGAACCUGCCACAAAUAAACUUGGAACGUUUGCCUGUAUGGAGAGCAACAAACAUGGUAAGUUUUGUUGAUGUUGAUCCUAAAUCCACAUGUUCAGCACUCUUUCCAUAUUUUCCAUAAUGUCACUUCUGUUACUAGUUAAAUCUGUAGCAGAUAAUGGAAUAACACUUUUAACACAUGAUUCGAUAUUUUCUGCAUUUCCACAAAUUGUUCUAACCAACAGUUUUAGGCUGCAAACUGACAGCUCUUGUUAUGUCUACUGCUGUCCUUCUUGAAAUGUCUUCACCACGUCUAAUUUAACUUUUAAUGUAACACUUUUCCUCUUCUUUCUGUGACCACAAUCUGUAGUGGUGCAUAAUGCAUGUUUAGCACUCACUGUUCUAGGGCUCAAAUAAAUUUACAAUUGGAUUUUAAGUAAAUGGUGGAAGAGCAUCAACCAACUACUGAACAAUAACAAACAAAUAUGGCACCCAUGCUGGUCGCUUACACAGCCAGCUGUUAUCACAGUUAGGCGCUGAGUGCCUUCAUGCUGAAUUUUUAAAAUUGUCGUACAUUUAUCAUUUUAGACAUAAGUAUUUUCUCCUUUUUUCAACGAUGUUAUAACAAAACGACGUUAAUGGGGGAAUUGGUGUACAGGCAUCUCCCCGAUUAUGGAAGGGUUCCGUUCCUGAAAUCUUUCCGCAACUCGAAAUUCCAUAAUGUGAAACCAUUUUUCCCAUUUACUUCCAUUAUGUAAGUUGAGAUGCAUUUAUAAGGAAAUUUUUUGAGGCCCCAAAAAUGUAAUACAAGCAUAUAUACAGUACAACGUCGAUAUAACACGAGAUACGUUCCAAGAGAAGUAGCUUUAAACCGACUAAAUCGAAGUUUUGUUUCAAUGGAAUAAUUUAGUUUGGUACUUGAGAGAAACACAAAAUACUAAAAAGACUGAGAGUCUACCCAGAUGCCCCUCAGCCCAUCUCCUAGAAUAAACAAAACAU